AUGAAUUUUCUUGUCCCGCGGAUCCAAGAUGGCGACGCGGUGGCGGAAGGUGGGAGAGGCGAUUGCCGACCGGACGAGGUUGGGGGUGGGUUGACCGCUUCCCGCGCGUUGGACCGUGGUUGGGAGAGGCGCUUCACUCCGUCAUCUCUCCGCCCGCAGCCUCCGCCACGUCUCCCUGCGACUCCCCGGGAGGCUCGUAGCUUCUGCGCGGCCGUUAUAGCGAGCGGAGCCUGCGGCCGCUACAGUUCCCUUGGGGCGGGUUGGUUCCCCCGGGGCACGGGCCCUGGGUGCGCGGUGGGCCGCGGGGUCCGGGGCCGGGGAGUGGUGAGGUGGCGUGGGCCCGCCCUCCCGGGGCCGGGGAGCGUGUUUGUGUUUGUGUACGUGUGGACACCCCGCCCCGCGUCCUCCCGGAACGCCCCCUGGCCCGGCACCUGGCGCCCGCGGAUCACCGGCCCGCUUUCCUCCCGCAGCCCCGCAUCCUCCGCGGCCGGGCGCGCACUUCAGGGACCCGCAGCGCGUCACCUCCGGAGAACUCUUGGACCAGUCUUCUUUCCAAGCUUCAGGUCAUCGGGCGUCAUAGUCACGGGGGACUCUGGAGGAACGAAUGCUUCUAUCUCAAUGGACUCAUUAGAGGAGUUGCUGAACUCCAAGCUGAGGACAGGAAGAAGAUUGUUUGCAACCUUUGGUGAGGAGGAGUCUUCCUGAACCACUGUAAUGCUCACAGACUUGACAAGGGGCAGAGCUGGAGGCAAGACUACAGAAGAUAGCAUCCUGCCAGCUGGAGAGAAACUGGGUUGUCAUUCAUUUCCUCUGGAGAAAUGGUUGGGUCUAAAGGAAAGAACCUCCUGGCUUGAUCCUUUCCUCACAAGGCGUCUUUGAUGCUGAUAGAACAAAGUUCCAGGCACCUACGUGCAGAUCAAAUUGGGUUGUGAUCUCUUUGCUGUGGCAAUACUUAUAUUCGAAGGGUCCUAUUUUUGUUCCUUGAUGAGGCUCUUGACCUCUGUUGUUUGUGGCCCCGUGUCACACAAUCAAACGUUCUCAUCCUAUUCAACAUUAGAUAAAGAUGGAAGAUGAACAGGAGGCAGAUGGUACUAAACACCAGCACAAACACCCUGAUUAUCAUGAGCACUGCAGUCUUGGCCUUUCGGUGAAAAUAUGGCAGGAACAACAGCCACGUGUUCUGCUUGCCAACAUUUCCAUUGGAGCACCCACAGGUUGAUGUACUGGAUUAAAAUGUACAAGAGGAUGAUAACCAAGCACAAUAACCCAAGCAGAGGCCACAGAGCUGAAGAAUCACCGGUAAUUCCUGCUCCUGAUGCAGUUUUGAGCCGUUGGCAAUCAUGGACAAAGCCAGCGGUGCACUUGCAGAUGCUCCAGUGUUUGGCUUUUGUGCUCAGUGACCCCUCACAGAGAGCAAUACUGAUUCUCCAUGACAUGAUGGUGUUUAGAACGGUCCAACAUAAGCAGCAGUUGACUGUAGGUGAUCUUGUGUAGAAUGCUCACUUCAGGCGUAUCAAUGGAGGCAGACACAAAGUGCAUGAUGAUAUGAAAAAAGAAUAUUCCACCAGUCCGCAGGCAGUGUACUUCCUCUCAUGCAGUGCACUUCCUCUCAUGGGGCUAAAAAUUCAAAACAUGGCUAAGGCCAAGGUCUGGAACAUGGCCCAGGAUAUUGCCUGGUGUUUGUCUGGACAGGCGAGGUAGCCGUGGGUUCUGGGAGGACCUGUCUCUGUCUCCUGCCACAGCAGUCCAUCUUAAUAAUAUCAUCAGUUCCUCCGGCAACAGGUUUUGAUUUGAGUACUUCUGUUUGUUUCUCCCUUCUGUACAUCUUGACUUACUUUCUGUAUUAGCAUCAUUUGCUUCUUGGCAAUCUUGAUAAGAUCUUCCUUGAGCAAUGUUCCAGCCUUCCACUCUUCAGGGAGCCUGCUAGUCAAGUAUUCUCUUUGCCUUAGAUUUCCCACUUCCAGAAGUGGCUGGUGAAGCCACCCCAUCUUGAACAAGAUCCUCCAUGGCCACAGGCCACCAUGGCCACAUGGUCCACAGCUGGCACCCUGGGGGCCACUGCAACCACCUGGCCCCUAGUCUGGUCACAACCGUCUCUGCUCUUCUGACUGCAGUGCCUCUAACUUUGUAAUCCUAUUUCUUAAUUUGAUAAUUUUCUACUUCAUGUAUUGACUUGCUAUUAUGGUAAAUGAGGAUUCAUUUAUAAUUUAGAUAUUUGUAAUUUUUCUCCUACCCUCAUCCUUCCAAUAGAGUUAUAUUCCAAUUUUUUGUUAAAUCAAUCAGUCUUAUGUAUUUAUAGUUAAGUGUAAAUCAAAAAAGAAAGUA